GGGCAGGCGAGCGAGCGCUACCGAGCGCGUCCCUCCCUCGCCAAUCCGGCUCUGGCGCCCGCCCGCGUUUUCCCGGCGUCUGCCGCCUGGCCGCUCCGGCCCGGCUCGCAGUCUCGGCUGGACGGACGCCCUGGAGGGAGGGUUCAAAUCCGUGCGAGAAAACUGCAGCGCGCAAGGGGUGCGGAGCGGCACCAGCAUGAAGCAGCUGCCUGUGCCCUGUUGAAACUUCAUGGCCACAGUCCCAGACCCUGCUGGCAUUGCCAUGGGCAGCGUGGGCAGCCUGUUGGAACGGCAGGACUUCUCCCCUGAGGAGCUACGGGCAGCACUCGCAGGGUCCCGGGCCUCCCGCCAGCCUGAUGGGCUCCUCCGGAAGGGCUUGGGCCAGCGCGAAAUCCUCAGCUACCUGCACCUCCCCAAGAAGGAUGGCAAGACCACCAAGCGGGUUGCUCGGAACGAGCCCGCCGACUAUGCCACCCUCUACUACCAGGAACAUCCUCGGGCCAGUGACUUCAGCAAGACUUCGCUGCCUGAGCGGGGUCGUUUUGACAAGUGCCGCAUUCGCCCAUCUGUGUUCAAGCCUGUGGCAGGCACCGGGAAAGGCUUCCUGUCCAUGCAGAGCCUGGCGGCCCACAAGGGCCAGAAGCUGUGGCGCAGCAAUGGCAGCCUGCACACACUAGCCUGCCACCCUCCCUUGAGUCCGGGGCCCCGGGCCAGCCAGGCACAGGCCCGUGCCCAGCUGCUGCAUGCCCUCAGCCUGGACGAGGGUGGCCCUGAGCCCGAGCCCAGCCUGUCUGACUCUUCCAGUGGGGGCAGCUUUGGCCGCAGUCCUGGCCCUGGCCCUGGCCCCUUCAGCUCCUCCCUGGGCCACAUCAACCAUCUCGGGGGCUCCUUGGACCGGGCCUCGCGGAGCCCCAAGGAGGCUGGGCCACUGUCCAUGCUGAGCUGCCUGCCUGAGCCACCACCCCCCUAUGAGUUCUGCCCCACUGCCGAGGAGGUGGUGGCCAUGCUGCCUGACACCUGUGAGGAUCUCAAGAGAGGCCUCAGCGAUGAGGAUGGUGCCAAUCCCUUCACACAGGUGCUGGAGGAGCGCCAGCGGCUGUGGCUGUCCGAGCUAAAGCGCCUGUAUAUGGAGCGGCUGCACGAGGUGGCCCACAAGGCCGAACGCAGUGAGCGCAACCUCCAGCUACAGCUGUUUAUGGCUCAGCAAGAGCAGCGGCGCCUGCGCAAGGAGCUGCAGGCACAGCAGGGCCUGGCCCCUGAGCCUCGGCCCCCAGAGGCCGACCCCACGACGCGACCGGAGGAGGAAGCCCGAUGGGAGGUGUGCCAGAAGACAGCGGAGAUCAGCCUCCUGAAGCAGCAGCUGCGGGAGGCCCAGGCUGAGCUGGCGCAGAAGCUGGCUGAGAUCUUCAACCUGAAGACCCAACUUCGGGGCAGCCGAGCCCAAGCCCAGGCCCAGGACGCAGAGCUGGCCCGGCUGCGUGAGGCCGUGCAGAGCCUGCAGGAGCAGGCCCCUCGGGAGGAAGCCCCAGGCAGCUGUGAGACUGAUGACUGCAAGAGCAGGGGGCUCCUGGGGGAGGCUGGAGGCAGUGAGGCUGGAGAUGGCGCCAAGCAGCUGCGGGCAGAGCUGCUGCAGGAGCGGCUCCGGGGACAGGAGCAGGCGCUGCGCUUCGAGCAGGAGCGGCGGACGUGGCAGGAGGAGAAGGAGCGGGUGCUGCGCUACCAGCGGGAGAUCCAGGGGGGCUACAUGGACAUGUACCGCCGCAACCAAGCACUGGAACAAGAGCUGCAGGCGCUGCGGGAGCCCCUGGCGCCCUGGAGUCCUCGGCUUGAGUCCUCCAAGAUCUGAGGCCAAUGGAGGAGUUGACAGCAGCAGCACUGUCAAGAUGGCUUGGGCAAGUCUGCCCUGAAUGGCAGCUCCUUCCUGACAGUGGUCUGGGGCAGAAUCUGCUGAGGCCAACCAGGGAUGGGGAGGCCGGCAAGAGGAGGGAUCCAGUGGGGCUGUGGGCUGCGUAGAGGGCCGACAGCGGGAGCCAGGGCCAGGCCCUCCUGGCUGAGGAGCACCCUGGCAGGGCCCAUCCUUGCUCCUGGAGUAGAUGUGGCCCGGGAAAGGAUGCUGGGAGAUGAGGAGCCCAAGAUGCAGACGGGCAGGCACAAGAGACAGAGAUGGAGGCUGAGACAGGGAGGCUGGGAUGGGAACAUUGGCCUCCCCCAGAAUAAAACCAUGUUUUCUACGAGGA